AUGUCACAGCCUGCAUCACCAUAUCCCACACAGUCGUUCUAUGCGGCACCCCCCAUGGUGAACCCUGCUCUCAAUCCUGAUACUCCCCCACCACCCCCGCCAAAACCGAGCAGCCAUGAAGCAAGCCGAGGAGGCACCCCCCAAAAUACGUCUUCGUUGCCAACACCGCAACAGGCAGCGCAACAUGGCUAUCGGCCAGAUCCACAAAUAGGAGCUGCUCAGCCAUCACAGUUCUCUGUGAAUACUCAAUCAGUGCCUUCUCCGGCCCCACCUGCUUUCGAAGAGGGCUGGCUUCCGGAAAUCGUCAACGACAAAUCAACAAUUGACCUCCAGUCAAUUCUCAAAGAACCAAGUCUCAUCUCCGCCCUGUCGAGCCAACAUCCCUCUCACACUGCUCGACAGCAGCAUCUCGAUUCCCUGAUCCAAGUGAACAAGGAGCUUGCUGGUCGACUUCUUGGACUCCAGAAUCAUGUCGUCGAAUUGCGUUCCCAGAUAGAAACCAUGCUUCUUACACACCAAUCCCUUGAAGUGUCGUGGCGGAAGAAACAAACGGAGAUGGAUACUGCGCUUGCGCCGUGGUCCCCUAAAGCGCUGUACCAGCGUCUGAGUGCUGCAAUUGCAGAGCAAGAGGCAGUUUGCCAGGCAGUCGAGGAGAGCUUUUUGGAUGAGGAUCAUCAUGGUCGUGCCACAGAAAAAGAGAUUACCGACUGGGUGCGGCGGGUUCGGGCCGAGGCUGCCAAGUUGGCGGCGAGGAAGGAGGCCAAGGCGAGAUGGGAUGAAGGAAGGGUCGGCGGAUGGCGCUGA